UGCUGGAGCUGUGCCUGACGCACGGGCUGGGGCCGGUGGCGUUGGCCAACGAGCUGUUGGCGUUUGUCACCUCCAAGGACCUGGGUCCCCAACUCUCCGCCGCCAGCCUCGACGCCUUCGAGCACGAGGUCCUGGCCAGGGGGGGUGGCAGGGUCCCCCGGAAAAGGGACAACCGCGGCGGCGCCUUCCACGACGUCCCACACGCUCCACCAGCUGUAUACCUCACGGUUUUGGGGGGAUUCCUGGAAAAACGGGGUUUUACUGGCCGGGAGGGGAGGGGGGAUCCCCUUCCCCCACCCCCAUUCAAUCCCAAAAAAAUGGGAAUUCCACCCCGGAACCCCCCCCGGCGCAAACGAUUUCUGUCCUCCCGCAGCCCCUACGCGCUGUUUUCUCCCGGUAGCCUCUCCCCGAGCGUUACCCCCUCCCAAAAAUACGCCGUGCGCAGCAGCCGGGGCGAGGUGGUGGCCUCAUUCGGUGCCACCCGGGGUCCCUCGUGGAGCGGCGGUGGCGGCGGUUGCGCCCUGAAACUUCACGGUUCCCCGGAUGAAAACCUGCUGAAAAGUUACAAAUUCAUGUUCCAGAAAGCGCUGGACAUCCGGGAAGCGUUGUUGUGGAGGAUGGAGGAGCUGGGCACCGCGCUGAGGAGCCACCACCACCUGGAGGACUUCGCCUCCGUCUCCCUCCCGGCGCAGGAACCGGUGACGGUGCUGGGCCAAAUCGGCUGCGACAGCAACGGCAAACUCAACGCCAAAUCGGUGGUGCUGGAGGGGGACCGGGAACACUCCGGGGGGGGGCAGAUACCCCUGGACCUCUCGGAGCUGAAGGAAUAUUCCCUUUUUCCCGGCCAGAUCGUGGCGCUGGAGGGGACCAACAGCACCGGGAAGAGCCUGGUGGUCUCGAAGCUCUACGAGGGGGUCCCCCUGCCCUUCCACACGCCGCCGGAGCCGUGCCCAGAGCAGAGGAUGGUGCUGGUGGCCUGCGGGCCCUACACCACCUCCGACAGCAUCGCCUACGAUCCGCUCGCCGACCUCAUCGAGGUGAUCGGCCGCGACAGACGCCCCGACGUCUGCGUCCUGUUUGGGCCGUUCCUGGAUGCGAAUACCGAGCAAGUGGAGACCUGCCAGCUGCUGGCGUCCUUCGGGGAGGUCUUUAAGCUCUGCCUCAAGAUGAUCAUCGAAGGGACGAGGAGCGCCGGCUCCCAGCUCGUCUUCGUCCCCUCGCUGAGGGAUGCCCACCACGACUUCAUCUACCCGCAGCCGCCGUUCCUCUACCCCGACCUGCCCAAGGACGACAAACCGCGCGUGCACUUCGUGCCGGAGCCCUGCACCCUGGACAUCGAUGGCGUCGUUUUCGGCCUGACCUCCACCGACCUGCUCUUCCACAUGGGCGCCGAGGAGAUCAGCAGCUCCGCUGGGAUGUCGGACAGGCUCACACGGAUCCUCAAGCACAUCCUGACGCAACGGAGUUACUACCCAUUGUACCCCCCCUCGGAGGAGCUGAACGUUGACUACGUGAGCUUCUACAGCUACGCCUCGUUACCUGUCACGCCGGAUGUCCUUGUCACCCCCUCGGAACUGCGGUACUUUGUGAAGGACGUGCUGGGCUGCGUCUGCAUCAACCCGGGGCGGCUGACGAAGGGCCAGGUUGGGGGGACCUACGGCCGCCUGUACGUACAGCGCGAGGACACCGAGGGCGAGCGGAAGAGCCCGUGUGUCGCCGCUCAAGUCGUCAAAAUCUAAAGCGUCGAGAGGUUUCCUCCACUGGAACCGCUUCACGGAAACCAAGCGGUUUCCAAAUACACUUGGAAUUUUGGUUAAAAAAAGAAAACAACAC